AUGACGAGUCCGCCUGUUCACAAUGACUUCUUCAAUACUGUCAUGAACAAAGCUCAUAGCAUAAACGUGCCUGCUCAAAACAAACAUGAUGUCUCUCUCGACAGCCAGGCAACUCAUAUACCAGAUGAUUCGAGCAUUCCAGCCAUCGACAUUGGAUGUCCGCUGGUGCCUAUCAGGGACGAGCCCAUAUUCAGCCGGGGUCGAAUCGUGCCCACAUCCAUCGACUCUCUUGUCAAUCACAGGCGUCCAAAUGCCAGUGUGUUACCCGACCCAAGCUUAACCUACGUUGAGGAGAUGGGACCACCCCCCAGAAACCUCUUGGCGGAUAAAUACCGGACUGCCAGGUCUGUUGCGCUCGAGACUCUCCGCUCCCACGGCCAGCUUUACGACAAGACGCCCUCCACCAGCGAUCUCGCCGACAGGUCCUUCAACCAGCCCGCGUUUCAAGAAGCCACGGCAGAGUUUGCUGAAUACGCAGUCAAGUGCAUGCCCGGCUACCUCCAGAACCCAUCCGGCCUGCGCACGAAGCGGGGGCGGGACGGAGACGAGGCGCUCGACAUUGUCCGGCCGCGCUCCCCCAAGCGCGUACGCUCCGAACGUCCUCCUGUCGAGGUCGCGAGGCCAGCGUUAGCCAGUCGGGCGAAUGCAAUGCUCUCAGAAGAGGCUUUGAAGGAUCACCCUGCCCUGCGACUGCUCGGGGACGGGUGGCAUGACAUUCACUCCCAGAUGGGGUUCGCCGAAACCACGACAGAGACGCCCGGCGACGAGCAGCGCCAAGAUGCGAUGUAUCAUUCGACAUCGCGAAUCUUGUCGAGGAUUGCCAUGGAACAUCUCGGUGAGGUAAGAGACGACAUUACGGAGGCUCUAUUGUGA